AUGUCACUCCCAUACGCAGCAGACGCAGAAACCUCUCUCUCCGCCUCUGAACUUCAAGUUCUUAAACAACAAUACCAAACAGAACUCGCUGCAGGCCAUGUAACAACGCAAACCAAGUUCAACUAUGCUUGGGGUCUAGUCAAGAGUCAAAAUAGAGCCGAGAUGAGCGUUGGUGUUGGUCUCCUAACUGAAAUUUACCGUUCCGAUCCACCAAGAAGGAGAGAAUGUCUCUAUUAUCUUUCCUUGGGGCAUUAUAAGAUGGGCAACUAUGACGAGGCGAGACGGUUUAAUGCGGUUCUGAUCGAGAGAGAACCGAACAAUCUUCAAGCACAAAGUCUUAAUCAGCUUAUUGAGAAGGGGGUUGCUCGCGAGGGAUACUUGGGAAUGGCGUUGAUCGGAGGAGCAGCAGCAGUAGCAAGUAUUGCUCUCGCUGGUUUGAUGCGUCGUGGGCGUCGCUAG